UGCCCAGGAAGUCACUGGCUCCACGUCUGCCAAGACAGCAUGUCUGGUGAGCCUCACUGCUACAAAGAAUGCCACGAUCUGACUCGCAGACUUCUUCAUCACACAAAGCCACGGACAGAAGAACUUCCAAGAAGUUCAAGUAUGACAAAGGCCAUCUUGUGAAGUCAGAGUUACAGAAACUAGUCCCUAAAAGUGAUUGUGCUUCUUUGCCAGAAGAAACUCCUGAGACCCCUUGUAAAAAUGAGUUUGCUGGAGACGGUGCCUUGCUUCUGGGCAGUAAAGCUGGUGUUGCCACACAACAAGAGACUGCUGCUCUUCCCCUGGGUCACUGCAGAGCUGUGAGUGAUCCUUGCUCAGGAAAGACUGAAGGUGGCCUGUCCACGCCAAAACACAGUGCCAGUUCUGGAGCAGAAGAGUCUAAUAGCAGUGCCACCGUGCAGGAUGAGUCUGUCCUAGAGUCAGAGGAAGUCCAGACACCCCCACUUCAGAUGGACAACAGCGUCUUUCUAGACGACGACAGCAAUCAGCCAAUGCCUGUGAGCCGAUUCUUUGGGAACGUUGAACUCAUGCAGGACCUGCCACCAGCAUCCUCAUCUUGUCCUUCAAUGAGCAGACGAGAAUUCCGAAAAAUGCAUUUCAGAGCCAAAGAUGAUGACGAUGAUGACGAUGAUGCGGAAAUGUAGAACAUAUACAAAAUGACUUCUUUGCCUAUUUAAUAAGUGAGCAAUUUGAUAAGUUAGCACAUUACAAGAUUUAUAUAAAGUGUAUCUCCAAGAGAAUGUGUUGUUAAUCACACUUCAGAACUGACCCAUUAAUGUCAAUGGUGCGAAACACCGACCACCUGUGGAAGGUUUACUCUUGUACCCUGGGACAGUCUUUGAGAUUAUAAAGCUGCUGUUUCUGUGCUGAUGUCUUUUCUUACAUACGUAUGUACAUACACGAGGAUGAUUGAGUCAGCUGGGGGGACUUGGGGUUAACGAGACAGACCUUGGUAAAGAAAACUCUUCACUUGAGCUCGGUAGUUUUGGUAACAUGCAAGUUUAUUUUCUAUUGUCAAAACAUGAUCAUUCUGAUGAUUAAUUCAGUACUCGUUCUUAAAGAACUCUUCUUUAUUUCUGUUUAUGAAGCUGAAGUUGACCUUGGAAGUUUUGCAAAAUACAUGUGGGAAAGAAAGAAAAUA